AAAAACCACCUUCCUCAUUCAACUCCUUCUCUCCUUUUCUCUGGGUCUCCUCACGGCUAAGGGGGAACUGGGUGGGAGUUGGUGAAGCUGCCUGUGUUAGUUUGGCGUUUUUACCCCCAGUGUGGAGUUGAAGCCGUUCCCUGCGCCUCUCUAUCUACACACACACACUCUCUCUCUCUCACACACACACACUCACACUCGCGCGCGCACACACUCACACACACACACACACACGCUCUCUCUGCAUAUCACAAGAUUUGCUCUCUCCUCUCUCUUCUCUCUGGAGCUGCUGUAGGACUGGCUAUGGCCACCGCUACUUCCGGGAUCCGUCAUUUCAUUCGCCCACCGCUCGGCGCUGCGAACUGACUCUGUUUCUAUAAGCAAGCUAGCAGCCAACCUGCCAACACUCGCUGACACUCACUCAUCUCAGCCUCCGCCAGAUAGACGAAAUACCUACGAGGGGGAAAAGAAGGAGCACAUCUGAGUCGCAAUCUCUCCAUUUCUCCUGCGCUUCUUCUUCUUCUACUACUUCUUCUUCUUCUUCUUUUUUUCCCUGCCUUUUGUUUUUACAGAGAUAAUAAAACAAGAUAGCGAUCUGGAAGCGUUAAAGGAGACGCGGACUUUGCCGGAUGAAAACGGACUAAAAAAGAUCUCGUCCUUUUCUUGAACAUCAUCACCAACCGUCAUUCAUUCAUUACCUUGACAACCUCUGGCUUUGAUUGACAGCUGGAGUGGCAAAAAGCCAUGAGACACGACAGUUUAGUUACAUGCAGGUUGUUGAUGGGCCGAUUGUAACCUUCACUUUGGCGCAUUUUUUUUACUUUUUCUUUUUUCCAGAGGAAAGAAGGGGAAACAGAAGAGAGAAAAAAAAUUGCCAAGAAAAAAAAAAUCUCCCUGAUGCUACGAUUUCAACUUAACCACACUGGCGAAUAGGAGAAUUCGCAAAGUUGGUUGAAAACGGGAGAAUCCUGCCUCUAAAUCACUUUCUAACCGGGACGUGGAUAUUAAAUAUACGACAGAUUCAGGAGUUUAUUGGAGCGCAGCCUGAUGGCGCAAAGGUACGAUGAGCUGGGCCAUUACGGUGGGAUGGACGGAGUCCCGGCGUCCAUGUACGGGGACCCACACGCGCCCCGGCCGCUUCCCCAGGUCCACCACCUGAACCACGGACCGCCGCUGCACGCCAGCCAGCACUAUGGAGCCCACGCUCCCCACCCGAACGUAAUGCCCACCAGCAUGGGCUCUGCUGUCAACGACGUUUUAAAGAGGGAUAAAGAUCAAAUUUAUAGUCACCCUUUAUUCCCACUCCUCGCACUGGUUUUUGAGAAGUGCGAGCUGGCGACGUGUACUCCGAGGGAGCCCGGCGUAGCAGGAGGCGACGUCUGCUCCUCAGACUCCUUCAACGAGGAUAUCGCAGUCUUUGCCAAACAGGUCCGUGCAGAAAAACCUUUAUUUUCGUCAAAUCCAGAGUUGGACAAUUUGAUGAUACAAGCCAUACAAGUAUUACGGUUUCACCUCUUGGAAUUAGAAAAGGUGCACGAGCUCUGCGACAAUUUUUGCCAUCGGUACAUCAGCUGUUUGAAAGGAAAAAUGCCAAUAGAUCUAGUAAUCGACGAACGGGAUGGCAGCUCCAAGUCAGACCACGAAGAACUCUCGGGAUCAUCGACUAACCUCGCAGAUCACAACCCAGCUUCCUGGAGAGACCACGAUGACGCCACCUCCACACACUCGGCCGGCACACCGGGGCCCUCCAGUGGGGGGCACGCUUCACAGAGCGGCGACAACAGCAGCGAACCUGGAGAUGGCUUAGACAACAGCGUUGCAUCGCCUGGCACAGGGGACGACGAUGAUCCAGACAAGGAUAAGAAGAGGCAGAAAAAGCGUGGCAUUUUCCCUAAAGUAGCCACGAACAUCAUGAGGGCGUGGCUAUUCCAGCAUCUCACGCACCCAUACCCUUCUGAAGAGCAGAAGAAGCAGCUAGCCCAAGACACAGGCCUCACCAUCUUACAAGUAAACAACUGGUUCAUUAAUGCCAGAAGAAGAAUAGUACAGCCUAUGAUUGACCAGUCGAAUCGAGCAGUGAGCCAAGGAGCAGCGUACAGUCCAGAGGGCCAGCCCAUGGGCAGCUUCGUGCUGGACGGUCAGCAGCACAUGGGGAUCCGACCAGCCGGUCUGCCAGGCAUGCCGGGCGAGUACGUACCUCAGAGCGGUCCAAUGGGCAUGAGCAUGGCCCGGUCCAACUACGCCAACCCUCACCAGAUGACCUCCCACCCCUCCCAGUUCCGUCACGGACCCCCUUUCCACGCGUACCUGCCCAAUCAUCCUCACCACCACGCCAUGCUGAUGCACGGAGGACCCUCGCCGCACCCAGGAAUGACCAUGUCUGCACAGAGACCCCCUCUGCUCACACCCAUCGACCCGAGUACUGGAGGACAAGGUCUGGACAUCCAUGCCCAGUAGUAGGGGACUUUUCUACAACAACAACAACAGCAGCAGCAGCAGCAGCAGCAGCAGCAGCAGCAGCUACAAGGUUUUAAAAAAGUAGAGGAAGCAGCAGCUCACAACAAAAAUCCUAUUUUCAGACUAUUUUUGAGAAUAAAAAAAAAAAACACAAAGGAACUCUUUUGACCAGAAUUUGACUCUAAAGAAACAGAAUUCCAGAUGAGCUGUGAUUUUUUUUCUUCUUCUUCUUCUUUUUUUUUUGUGUUGUUUUUAAACUCGUCAAUUUUGUUACUUUCAUGGAAACGGAGGACCAAGCUGACGAGAACACUUUGUAAAGUCUUGGGGCUUUUUUUUUUUUGGUUGAGAUCAUCACAGGAUGUUCUUGUGCAACCGACGGACACGUGCACACAUGUAAACAACACACGCACACACACUUUUCACACACUCACACGGACGUCAUCCCACACGUGUUCAAGUACACUUUCAUGUGGCGCUCCUGAAACACUCCGAAACAUUUUUAAAAAUCACUCCGGAAGUUUUUUUUUUGUUUUUAUAAGAAAGACUCCAAGAGUUAUAACUACUGUAGUAUAAAAAGUAUAGAUAAAUAAGUUAAAACUUGUGCUUUUUUUUUUCUUCGUUGAUCACAUGGUUUUUAUGUUUCCUGAGCUAGUUUUUAGAAUUAAAGGUUAACCUUUUUUCUCUCGCUCCCACACUGUGUGUGCUCCUUCGUGGAGGAGAAACUGUCUCGCAGCACAGCACUAGAAAAGAAAGAAAGGAUGAAUGAACGAAAAGAAAGGAAAAAAACCCAACAGCAACAAUAAGAAGAUGGAGCAUCUUAAAAAAAAACAACAACAACGACAACGACAACAGGCUCCACAGACCACAGAGGACAAUCAGGUCCUGUCCCCCAUAAAAACAGGGCAUGAUGGGAAAAGGCUGCUAAAUGACACCGGAUCUCUCCAGAAGAUUCAGUCGGAACAUUUGUCAUGCCCUUCUCUCUUCUUCUUCUUCUUCUUCUUCUUCUUCGUCUUCUUCUUCACCUCCUUUUCUUUUUCUUCUUCUCUCACUUUUUAACUCCUUCCCUCUCUUUGGUUCAUGAAUGAAUGUUGCCCUGUAGGUUUUAAAGGAGAAAAAAAAAGUUUGACUUGCCCAAGCACUGGAUUGUGUUGGUUUUAUACAUUUUUAUUUUAAUAUUAUUUUAUUUUUUUGUACCCUGGGACUCUCAUUGGUAAGAGCCUUCUGAAGGAAGCUUAACAGUGGAAUAAUAAUAAUUGAGAGAAGAAAAAAAAAAGAAAAGAGCAACUUCCUGCAGGAGCUUCUUCAUCUGUGGAUCGACAGCAUUCUUGCCAUAAGGACAAUAACAAGUGACACAAACGUUGGUUCUGCAGCCCUGGAGGAGCGUUUGACGGUUGAUGCACCAAAAAACCUAAAACUUUUGGAGGAAAAAAAAGGAAAAAAAAAAUUUAAAUUAUGAACUCAAUGCUUUUGGGGGAGGGGGAGGGUUGGAAAAAAAAGCUGAGAGAAUAUUGUAACAAACUUCGUACAGAGUUCAGUCUAUUAAUUGUUUCAUGUUAGAUAUUCUAUGUGUUUACCUCAAUUGAAAAAGAAUGUUUUUUGCUAGUUUCAGAUCUGCUGUGGCAUUGAUAUUGUAUGUCCAUGAAUUCCUUCCUUUUUCAGCACGUGUUCCUCACUAGAUGAUAAGAAGCCGUCUCUCUCUCUCUCUCUCUCUCUCUCUCUCUCUCUCUCUGUCCCCCUCUCUCUCCUCCUCUCCCUUAAGCUUUGUCAAAAAUUACAUUAAAUACUUGUAUGAGGACUGUGACGUAAUGUUUAAAAGGUGUUCAGUCACAAAUGCUGUAAUAAAUAUUUCAUUUUUGAUUUUUGUUA